AUGGCGUUUGCCAUAAAGAUCACUUUCUUGCUUGCCAUACCCCACCAACCCCCACCGGAGACUUCGAUCCACGUUAAAAGUUGUUUUGAUUCCUCUCGCUCGGAUGCUCGGACCGCCGCAACGACUCCAGAGCGAUACCAACGUUCAACCUUAUGUAAUCUCGUCUAUCGUCGCACCACAAUCACCAGAAACAGCAGCGACGACUCACACGUACACGAUCUUCGUUUAAACCCGUUUGAAUCCGUUUGGAGUGAAGUGGUCAGUAUGCUGAUCAAGACGGUGGCCACGCUGGCCAUUCGCGGUUCGAUCGCGAAACGCUGGACAAAUCCACUGCGCACGUUCGCGACGACGACGACGGAAACACCAGCAGGAGUUGCACCGAACCAGGAACUGCAGCUGACCUACCUGACCGAGGAGGACAAGCAGGGUAUCGCGGUGCUCGGCCUGAACCGCCCCAAGGCACGCAACUCGUUCAGCAAAUCGCUCGUGACGCAGUUGCUCGAAGCGAUCGAUGUUCUGGCGCACGAUAAGAACGUGCGCGUCGUGAUCUUGCGCAGCCUCGUACCCGGUAUCUUCUGUGCCGGAGCGGACCUGAAGGAGCGUGCCACUUUCACGCCGCAGGAAGUGAGCCGUUUCGUCUCGAAACUGCGCCAAAUGAUGGUCAACAUCGAACAGAUGCCCACACCCGUGGUUGCUGCGAUCGAUGGUGCUGCGCUCGGUGGUGGCCUCGAGAUGGCACUGGCCUGCGAUAUGCGUGUAGUGGCGACCAACGCGAAGCUCGGUCUGGUCGAGACGAAGCUGGGCAUCAUUCCGGGUGCGGGUGGUACCCAACGGUUGCCCCGCAUUCUGAAUCCGGCCAUCGCCAAGGAGCUCAUCUUCACGGCGCGCCAGUUCAGUGGCGAGGAAGCGAAAGCGCUCGGCAUCGUGAACCAUGCGGUGCAACCGAACGAAGCAGGCGAUGCCGCGUACCGGCGAGCGAUCGAGUUGGCCAUGGAAAUCGUUCCGAACGGUCCGGUCGGUGUGCGAAUGGCAAAGAAGGCGAUCGAUAAGGGCCUUCAGGUGGACAUUGGCACCGGGUACGCGAUCGAGGAAGCGUGCUACGCCCAGGUCAUCCCGACCAAGGAUCGGCUCGAGGGAUUGCGCGCUUUUGCGGAGAAGCGUAAGCCCAACUUUAUUGGAGAAUAGCACCAGAGGCCCAGGUUUCUACCGGUAUCCGUUAGGAAAGGAUAACGUAAAGUGUAUGUGACUCAAUCGCGAACCGUUUGACGCGCUGUGAUAGCAGGAGACCAACGAGAACUGAAAGAUAACACAAUGUGCAUUUAUAGGUUCCGCCGUCGCGGAAUACAUUACUACCCCUUCCUCUUUAUUGUGUAACAAUUCCCCCCCCCCCCUUUCUUUCUAUACAUUUGGUAGCUCGAAGUGGCCAGAACUAGAAUCCUCCGCGUACGUACUCCGCGAAAUCGUGUGCCAGCAAUGAUAACAAAGUUCAUCAUCAAGAGAACCGCGAACGAAACACUUUAUGAAUAAAGUAUCAAUCAUGAAGCAUUCCACAAA